AUGCUCGGCCUAACCAGUAUCCCUUCCUAUGUGUCUGCGACGGAGCAUUCUCGUCAUGCCAAAAGAACGGCCCAGCGCCCAGUUGACCCUGCCGCUCUAAUCCUGGAAGCCUGGUCCCAGGGUCUCAUGACGGGCUCACUGGUCAUCAUGGCGGCAGUCACCUAUGCAAACAUGCGUCCGGGCGUAUUGCUGCAUAAGCUGAUUUUACUAGAGCUGAUCCUCGCCCUCGCCCAUGGGACAUUCAUAUUCGCCCCGGACCCUGUAUACGGAUGGUAUCUGGCAUCGAGCGCAAUCGGCUUGAUUAUAUCCUGGUCCUUACACAAUGUGAUUGCAUGGAUUAAAAACAGGCCGUUCAUGGGCCGCAAACUGUCGCUCUUCUACGUCGGCACCAUUGUCCUCGCUCAGCCAUACUGGGCAACGGAGAUUUACGCGAAUUUCGCCUACUUCAACAACCUUAACCCGACGGUUUACGAGAAGAUUCGGCCGUGGGAAGCUCUGUUUCGCGAUCCAUGGUGGAUCUAUACCACGUGUAACCUGUUCUGGGUUGUCAAGACCCACUACGGCUUUGGCAUCAUUGAGCUGGUGCGCGAGUGUCCCCGCUUCGGGCUUAUGCUGGCCUCGAUGUGCCUAUCUAUCGUGUUCAUUGCUCUCGACGUCAUUAGCGUGACUGGUGCACUUAGGGCCGCCAUGCCGCUCGGCAUCAAUCCCUUCUGGAAGCUGUGCUUUAUGUUCAAGUGUCUCUGCGAUACGAUCAUCCUAGACGAUUUCAAGACGGCGCUUGACAAACUCAGUUCUCGAUGGCUGGCGAGGAAUGGGAUCCAGGCGGUUCAUUCUCUAGUAGACGUGAGGAAUCACCCGACGGUUAGCGACGAGGAUGCAGCCCCACGCACGGGAGAUACCGAUUUGAUAAAGCGGCCGGGAAGUGUGGUUCAUAUUGCGUGA